AUAUUGAAGAAGUAAUCAAAAAUAAUGUUAAAAAAAGUGCUGCCUUGGCUCUUAUCGCUUUUUAGCCUGGCUAACUCGCAGCAGUUCAACUGGCAAUACAAUUUGCAGCCAAAUCAGGUCAUCAAUAUAACCAGCUCGAAUUAUCCGAGAGCCCUUCCAGCCGGUAGUAGCUGUCGUUAUCAGUUGCAUGCACCUGCUUCCCAUGUGAUACAGCUAAGUUGUCGCUUCGAGGUGUUCCCCGACAUCUGUCAGUCCAAGUUCUUGUACAUCUCACGUGACGGAGACAUGCAAUUCCGUGAUGCUGAGCGCUUUUGCCGCAUGGGGCAAGUUACGCGUACGUCCAACUUUCAGACUCUGGCCUUUGGCUAUCAGUCGAGCAGUGGCGCCACACAGCAGCGUGCCAGACUGAGCUGCCAGGCGGUGGCAAUCCGUGUGCCCUGCGACUGUGGCUGGUCACAGCCGACACGUAUUACCAACGGCGUGGAGGCGGCCAAGCAUGAGUUCCCCUCGAUGGUGGGUCUACGGGAUGUCAACUCCAAUAUACCCAUACUCUGCGGUGGCAGCAUUAUCAGUGAUCGCUUCAUAGUCACCGCCGCCCAUUGCACGGAUCGUCAGCCGAUGCCCAGUCGGUGGUUGGCACUGAUCGGAGUCCAUGAUCUCAGGCUUGAUAGGGAAUCGAUGUUUGCCUCUCAAUAUGCCAUACAAAGGAUCUUUAAGCAUCCCGAAUAUAACAGCGUGCAGGUUACAAACGAUAUUGCCCUGUUUCAAACUGUUAGAUCUAUCAUAUGGUCCCGCGGUGUAGCACCUAUUUGUCUACCAUUUGGACAAUUACAACUCUAUGAGGUUGUGGAUAUAGCCGGCUGGGGAACCCUGAGCUUUGGAUCGGCCAAAUCGAACACAUUGCAAAAGGCCAAAGUGAUGACAAUUGUAAAUUCGGACUGCAGUGCUCGAUAUAACACCAGCAUAUACCCCAAUCAGGUGUGUACCUACGAUCAUACGGGACUGGGCCAGGACUCCUGCCAAUAUGACUCGGGUGGUCCUGUUAUUCUACGCCAGCGGAGUCGCAUGUUCCUGCUCGGCGUGAUCAGUUAUGGACGCUCCUGUGGACAGAGCUAUGGCAUUGGGGUCAACACUCGAGUCUCGGCGCAUCUCAACUGGAUACGGGGUUAUGUGGGCAACUCCGUGUGCGUUCGAUAGAUGCGGCUGACAACUGUGAGAAGCUUGACGAUUGCCAGACAACUAUCUUAGUAUUCCCCCUGUGGCACUUGCCGCUCCAGCAGCUUCCUCACUUGCAGCAGCUCUUCUUACGCUUCAGUUUGACAGACUUCGAGUGUUGACAAAAGCCUUAAUUUGCAUUUAAAUUAAAAAGCAGUGACAUGUUUUGCCUACAUUUAAACUACACACAAACCAGCCCCCCUCCCGCCUAUCUAUUUCCUCUCAGCCUCUGUGCAUAGUUCGCACGCACUACAAUAAAAUUUUACAGGCAAUUUAUACUCUU